AUGGCUUACCUUUCUUUCAUUGAUGAUGAUGAGGCUUGGAUAUUGAAUGACCAUUCCUGUAGCACUACUUACCUGAAAAAACUCGUGGUCGUGGAUGAUAAAGGAUUCUCCCUCCCUGAUAAGCUUGCUAGAGCAGAGGAUAUAGAAAAAAAAAGCAAGGAGGCUCUUCAAGGAAUUUUGGAACCUUUUGCAGGAGUAACAACUGAAUGUCUACAGGAAUGGAUAGAUUAUGAGCGGGUUGUGUGUAUCCGCAGCAAAUCAACUGAAAAUCACUCCUUGUCACCUGCUGAAGAGUAUUGUCUAGUCCUGGAGGAGCUAACAAAAUACAGGGGUGUGUUUGCGACGGAUGUAAACAAAGAUAAGAAAAGGCUAGAGACAAAACUGAAAAAGAAAGGGAAGAAGGCUGGUGUCAAAUGGGACUCAACAAAUGUUGAUUACCUGCGGACACUCAAGACUACACAAGAGAAACUAAGACUUCAGAUACUGGAGACCCUUCAACAGACCACUGCAGAGAGGCUGUUUUUGUUAGAUUUAAUGAAAAAGUAUGCAAGAGGACAAGCUGUAGCCAUAAGAUUGGGCAAGCAGCUAAAGCAAACAAACAAAAAGAUAAGAGAACAGCUGUCGUUGUGCAAUGCGGUUGGCGGGGAAGUUAAAAUGCCGACACAUUUGUCAUUUGAAGAUGUAAAGUCGUGCGACAGCAAGCUGUGGGACAUUUUGAAGUCAUCAGAUGUAGGUGCUUGGAGGACCAGUGUGCCUGUGUCUGUAAAACAGCAAGCUGUUUGCCUGUUUUGCAUGACACAGAGCUGCAGAAGAAAAUGAACUUUUGAUUUCAGAAAUGAAGUCAACAUUACAUUUCUUUUCCAAUGAACAUUCAGGUAUUUUAAACAAGGUCCUGGAUAAUGUUAAAGGAGACAUGCCAGUCAUCAUCAAAGAAGGGCUUUAUGUGGAAAUGAAAUUUAAUUCAUUACUGAAGGCAUUCCAGUCAUAUCUCCCAGACUUAAGCCUGACUUUGCUUUCUGAUUUUGCACAAAAGGUUGGUCUAACCAGCGUUCAAGAGGCCCGUAUUUCUGAAAUAAAUGAUGGAAACUUACCAGAAUACGAGUUAGAACCCUCUGAACCAACUGAUGUAAUACUCAGUGAUGAGGAUUUUACAGACAGUGAUAGUGACAAUGACUCUGAUGGUGACAAUUAAAUGUUUAAAAGACAUCAUUGACUCAAACCCAAUAUUGUCUUAAUUGUCUCAAUUGAAUUGUUCGCAAUAAGUGUUCUAAGAUAAGACAAACAACUGUGCUAUGGCUUUUUAAAUGCUCUUGUUUGUAGCUCAACUGAUAGCUCAACUGAGCACAAUGUGAGCUUUUGUGAUUGCCUUUUGUCCGUCGUUGGUUGUAUAACACAAAAGCUCACAUUGUGCUCAGUUGAGCAAAAUCAGAAAGCAAAGUCAGGGUUUACUCUGGGAGAUCUGGGAGAUAUGAAUGGAAUGCCUUCAGUAGUGAAUUACUUGAAUCACUUUCCAGCCAUAUCAGUAAAAAGGUGAUUGGCAUUUAUUUCGUAUUUAAAUUCACUUUAUAUAUAUUGACUUUUCUCCCCGCAAAUUUUGUUAGUGGAGCCCAAAUUAGGUCAUCCCGCUAGAAAAUUUCGCAGCGAGUAAAGUCGAGAUAUAGAGCGAAUAUAACUGAAAUAAACGCCAGUAUCUUUCUUGCUAAUAUGGCUGGAAAGUGAGCGGAAUUUAAAAACUUAUGCUUUGUAAGCACACUUAUCGGCCACAUUUAUUGUCCGAUCUUUUUCAUCUUGUUAACUCAAUAUUUAUUGUCCACUACCGGUGAAACGGGGGGGGGGG